AUGAAUGCCGCAGUCCGUGCAGUGGUGCGCAUGGGGAUCUAUGUUGAAGCGAAAGUGUAUUUUGUCUAUGAGGGAUACCAAGGUAUGGUUGAUGGGGGUGAAAAUAUUGUUGAAGUUACAUGGGAGAGUGUUUCAAGUAUCCUCCAAGUGGGGGGAACUGUUAUUGGCAGCGCUCGCUGUAAAGCUUUUCGGACUCGCGAAGGCCGUUUGAAAGCAGCCUGCAAUCUGGUGAAGCGAGGAAUCACAAACCUUUGUGUGAUUGGGGGAGAUGGCAGCUUAACCGGUGCUAAUCUCUUUCGGGGAGAGUGGAAUGGCCUGUUAGAGGAGUUGGCAAGAAAUGGUGAGAUUGAAGAAGAAGCUGUAAAGAACUAUGCUUACCUCAACAUAGUGGGAAUGGUUGGGUCCAUUGACAAUGAUUUCUGUGGGACAGACAUGACUAUUGGCACAGAUUCUGCCCUGCAUAGAAUCAUUGAAGUUGUGGAUGCCAUCAUGACUACUGCUCAAAGCCAUCAGAGGACCUUCGUCCUAGAAGUGAUGGGAAGACACUGUGGGUAUCUGGCACUUGUUAGUGCUUUAGCCUGCGGUGCAGACUAUGUAUUUAUCCCUGAAUAUCCACCUGAGGAAGGAUGGGAAGAUCAUAUGUGUGCUAGGCUUUCUGAGAACCGUGCCCGAAAGAAAAGGUUGAAUAUUAUAAUUGUGUCAGAAGGAGCAAUUGAUUCCUUCAACAAGGCUAUCACUUCUGAACAAGUUAAGGAUCUUGUAGUGAAGCGGUUGGGGUUUGACACACGGGUAACCAUUCUUGGCCAUGUGCAACGAGGAGGCACACCCUCUGCUUUUGAUCGGAUUUUGGCCAGCCGUAUGGGAGUAGAGGCUGUCCUUGCUCUUCUGGAAGCCACCCCUGAAACACCUGCUUGUGUGGUGACCUUAUCCGGGAACCAGGCUGUCCGUCUGCCUUUAAUGGAGUGUGUUCAAAUGACUCAAGAUGUUCAGAAAGCUAUGGAUGAAAGAAGAUUCAAAGAUGCAGUAGAACUCCGCGGAAGGAGUUUUACCAACAACUUGAAUACCUACAAGCUCCUGUCUAACAAAAAGCCAGAAGACGAACUACCUAAGAGCAAUUUUACUGUCGCUAUCCUAAAUGUGGGUGCUCCAGCGGCUGGGAUGAAUGCUGCUGUCCGUUCUGCAGUGAGACUUGGAAUCACUGAAGGACACAAAAUGUUAGCUGUUACUGAUGGCUUUGAAGGCUUUUCUAGAGGGCAGAUUAAAGAAAUCAAGUGGGGAGAUGUUGGAGGUUGGACUGGCCAAGGAGGGUCAAUACUUGGCACCAAACGUACACUCCCUGGAAAGUAUUUGGAGAAGAUUGCAGAACACAUGCGUGCUCAUAACAUCAAUGCCCUCCUUGUCAUUGGUGGCUUUGAGGCAUACCUGGGACUCUUGGAGCUUUCUUCAGCCCGGGAGAAAUAUGAAGCGUUCUGUAUCCCCAUGGUUAUGGUUCCUGCAACCGUAUCCAACAAUGUACCUGGUUCUGAUUUCAGCAUUGGUGCAGAUACUGCUCUGAACACUAUCACUAAUACCUGUGACCGAAUCAAGCUAUCGGCAAGUGGGACGAAACGACGCGUGUUCAUCAUUGAGACCAUGGGAGGCUACUGUGGCUACUUGGCUAACAUGGGGGCUUUGGCUGCAGGUGCAGAUGCUGCAUAUAUUUUUGAAGAAAAAUUUGACAUUCGGGAGCUACAGGCCAAUGUGGAACAUCUCACCCAAAAGAUGAAAACUAACAUCCAGAGAGGUUUGGUACUCAGGAAUGAAAAUAGUAGCGAGAACUACACAACUGACUUCAUUUAUCAGCUCUAUUCGGAAGAAGGCAAAGGGGUCUUUGAUUGUCGAAAGAAUGUGCUGGGUCAUAUGCAGCAGGGUGGUGCUCCUUCUCCAUUUGAUAGAAACUUUGGGACAAAAAUAGCGGCAAAAGCUGUGCUGUGGAUCUCAAAGCAACUGAAACAAAGCUACCGAAGAGAAGAAGGAAAGGUGUUUGCCAAUACUCCAGAAACUGUGUGCCUUCUAGGAAUGCGUAAGAGAAACUUGGACUUCCAGCCGGUGAUCAAGUUACAGGAUGAAUCAGACUUUGUGCACCGAAUUGCUAAGGAACAGUGGUGGCUAAAAUUGCGUCCUCUGAUGAAGAUCCUGGCCAAAUACAAGGCCAGCUAUGAUAUUUCUGAUUCAGGCCAGCUAGAGCACGUGGUGAGACCAACGGCAUCUGAAGCCUGAGUCUGCAACGCCAGGAUGUCCCUAAGUGGAACUUUUUUUUCCAUUGUGCAUCAACAAUGCUUUAGAAUAUGUGUUACAGCUUCUUUUUGUAACAUGUAAGUUAUUGUACCAGCACUUUACGUGGGAAACAAAAACGUCACCAUAUUAUCUGUUCCUGUUAUUUUUAGGUUUCAUUUACAGAGUGGGACACUCCAGCGCCUAACAUGACAAAGAAAACCCAGUUACCAAUGUGUUCCUUAUGAAUAAUCUGCCCAAAACCUGUUCUAUGCACUCAGUGUGAUGCCGUUUGUCUUUUGCACUUUUACCAGAUAGUGUUUACACUCAGAAGCAUAGUUUUGUGUAAUAAAUAUUGAAAGACAUACAUGUGAUCCAGCCAUAAUAAAUACUGCA